AUGAUCAUAAUCCUAGCACUCCUAACCCCAAUCCUAACACUAGCCCUAACUCCCUGGAUUUCGCCGUAAGACCACCUUUAAUACGGGCUCUUCCAAGUUCCCGUACCCUAUUGACAACUUUUAAAGAAUCCGGGACGAAACGGAAAACAGAUGUUUAGAUCAACGCCUUCAUUCUAUUUUUAAAAAGGGUAAGUUUUGGUGAGUUUUUUUUGUGGCACAUCUUCCUGCUGUUUCUUAUGCACGUAACGAAAUAAACGGGAGGAAGGCACACAUUGGACCUUACGGAAACUACAAUUAGGGGGACAUUUACGCGGUGUGACCUGCAACGAAAAACGAUCGCCAGAAACAUCAACGUCGCUAAAAUGUUUAAAUUAUGCAUCACUUUGCCUUAUGACAUUCGUGUUAAGCGAGCCAAGUGGUUCAACGGCGUUAUUUGGGGGCCUCCAAGAUGUGCGGCUAAGUAUACUACCUCAGUCCGUUGGCCAUAUUACUGACUUUAACGCUGGUGCAGUCUAAAAUGCAGCUGUCAUGGGCGCGCGCCAAGAUUAAUAUGCUAUUACAGUUGGUGAAAUAUGGCCGAAUAAACGAAAAAUCACUAAUCGGAAGAGUUGCCAUAUGAAUAUUGAUAUGUUGCCAAACUGUUAGUGUUUUGCCUGCUACGUUUCUAAAAUGCAUAUAAGCAAAAACUAGACCGCACAGAAAGUAUCUUCCUACAUGUACAAAAUUUAAAAUUACCAUUCGCUGAUGGACAUUUAUGUAGAUGAUUGCUCUUAGUGAAUUCGCAAAUGGCAAGACAAUAUCGGUAUUUUUAAACAAAGAACUACCUGAAAGUGUACUCACUGCACUUCAGGGCAGCAAAUCACAAAGAUUUAUAAACCGGACUUAAAAAGACGAAUGAGCAGUCUGGUCUUCUGAAAGUAGCCUGUUUUUCAUAAUGGCACGACUCACGCCGGGCAAGAAAUCAAAUUUUAAGUGCCGCAAGUUUUGUUUAGUAAAACUCUCAAGGGUACAUCGUCUCAGCUGAAAGAAAAGUAGGCUCGGCUGGGCAAACCAGGUUUAGAAGAGAAAUUAACAUAGGGGAUUGUCCGAAUAUAGGGUAACGCGGAUUGCUGCUCAAAUGUAUAAACAUUUUGCCUGAUGAAAUUAUCAAGACACAUAUCCUUCACGAAGAAACAAACAUCUUCCGGGAUUUGACUAGAGAAAUAAGCAAAAUAUGUAACAUUGUGGGUCGCCAAAAAUUAUAUCGGUUUCCGUCAUCAAGUAAUAUGAGUUAGGUCACAUACUGCAGAUGUGUGCCUUAGCUUUCGUCAAAAUGCGACUGCGGGUUAUAAAAUUCUGAUGGUAGUGACGACUCUGCCAAUGAUGAUGAUGAUGAUGAUGAUGAUGAUGAUGAUGAUGAUGAUGAUGAUGAUGAUGAUGAUGAUGAUGAUGAUGAUGAUGAUGAUGAUGAUGAUGAUGAUGAUGAUGAUGAUGAUGAUGAUGAUGAUGAUGAUGAUGAUGAGAAUAAGAAGAAGAAGAAGAAGAAGAAGAAGAAGAGGAAGAGGAAGAAGAAGAAGACGACGACGACGAAGAGUAAAAAGAAGAGGAAGAAGGCGUAG